UUUAAGGACCAAAAAAAAGAAAAAUCACAAGUUGCUGUGGUCCAUUUGUCCAGCUAUACUCAUGAGCUAGAGAGAAACAUGCUGUCUUGGAUAAUAGGGACAGGGGUAGAGAGAGAAGCCCUCACGUUUUGUUGUUAUGGUUGCUGUUUGAACUUGGAAGAGCUAGUUCGGUGUUUGUUGGUUUGCAUUUGCGCAGAGAGUAACAAAAAGACUGGAUUUUUUUAAUUUUUUUUUUGCCUUUUAACGUUUUGGUAUUUAGCAUCGGAUUUAAGGGAGUGAAGGCGAACUCAAGGUUGAAAGAGCUCUCGAUCUGAGCCUAUGAUGUUUCUCUAACUUUUCUUGAUUCUGGGUUUAGGCUUUUUGACUAGUUCUAUGAGUGCGAGCGUCUGAGAUGGAACAAUCUUCGAAUGCUCCAAGGGGCAUCCGAGUUCAAGCUCCACUGGUCGAUUCUGUAUCGUGCUAUUGCAAAGUUGAUUCAAGCUUGAAAACUGUUGCCAGUGCAAGAAAAUUUGUUCCAGGGUCAAAGAUUUGCAUUCAGCCUGAUAUCAAUCCUAAAGCACACAAGAGCAAAAACUCACGACGCGAAAGAACACGAGUGCAGCUACCUCUCCUGUUUGGCCUUCCUGAUGAUCUCGCCAUUGCUUGUUUGAUCCGAGUCCCUCGUGUUGAACAUAGAAAGCUCCGUCUAGUUUGCAAGAGAUGGUUUUGUCUUCUCGCUGGAAACUUCUUUUAUUCUCUUAGGAAAAGUCUUGGAAUGGCAGAAGAGUGGGUUUAUGUCAUCAAAAGAGACCGUGAUGGAAGGAUUUCUUGGCAUGCUUUUGAUCCCACCUACCAACUAUGGCAGCCACUUCCCCCUGUCCCUGGGGAAUAUUCUGAAGCACUGGGUUUUGGAUGUGCCGUUCUUAAUGGUUGCCGCCUGUACUUAUUUGGAGGAAAAGAUCCACUCAAGGGAUCCAUGCGACGGGUCAUUUUCUACAGCGCCCGGACAAAUAAAUGGCAUAGGGCACCAGAUAUGCUGCGAAGACGUCAUUUCUUUGGUUCAUGUGUCAUAAAUAACUGCCUUUAUGUGGCCGGUGGGGAAUGUGAAGGGAUCCAAAGGACUCUCCGUUCUGCUGAAGUUUAUGAUCCUAACAAGAAUCGGUGGAGCUUUAUCUCAGAUAUGAGAAUGGCUAUGGUGCCAUUUAUUGGAGUUGUGCACAAUGGAAUGUGGUUUCUAAAAGGUCUUGGGUCUCACCGUGAGGUCAUGAGCGAUGCCUAUUCUCCUGAAACAAAUGCCUGGACCUCUAUUAGUAGUGGCAUGGUCUCAGGUUGGCGGAACCCUAGUAUCUCGUUAAAUGGUAAACUCUAUGCCUUGGAUUGCCGAGAUGGAUGCAAGCUUAGAUUUUAUGAUACAACAACAGAUUCGUGGAACAAAUUUAUAGAUAGCAAGCUCCAUCUAGGGAGCUCUAGUGCUCUUGAGGCUGCUGCUCUUGUUUCCCUCAAUGGGAAGCUUUGCAUAAUCCGUAACAACAUGAGCAUCAGCCUUGUCGAUGUUUCAAGUCCGGAUAAGCAGGUGCAGAGCAACCCUCACCUUUGGGAAAAUAUUCCUGGGAAAGGCCAGUUCCGGACUCUUAUCACAAAUUUGUGGUCUAGUAUAGCUGGUCGAAGUGGUUUGAAUAGUCACAUUGUGCACUGUCAGCUGCUUCAAGCAUGAGGAUCACAGUCCAUAUCUCCCGCCUUGCCUUUGGAAAAGACUUCCAAUGCAUGGGAAUGAAGGAUAAGAAUUGUUUUUCUCUAUUGAAAAGUCUAGAGCAGAAAACAUUGAGCAAGUGGAGUCUCCGUGCGCAUUCUUGUGAGAGAUUCGAAAUUAGACAUGCCUGCUCAAGUUUAUUAUGCAGUUACCUGGCAAGUAGCAGGGGUGAUUUCUAUUGCUUUCGGCAAUAGAAUUGAGGUUAUUUCUUUGAGAGAAUACUUGUAAAUUUUGUUAUUUGGGUUCAGGUUGCUGUGUCUUUUGUCGUGGGAUCUUAUAUCGGUAGCAUGCAACCUUGAAGAUGCUAUGUUGUUGUCAUGUAAAGGCCGAACACCGGGCAGUACCUGGAAAGAUAAGCCAUGAACAUCACUGCAGUGACCCAACAAGGUGUUCUUGCAAGUAAUUAAGUGAUCCGGAUUUUGCGCACAAGUUCCUUGCUUUACUUAAAACACAUUGGGUAUGUCCUGAUUACCAAAAGAAAAAGGGCAACAUGCACAUUGAGCAUGGUAUUGGAGUCAAUAUUUUGGAACGGCCUUUUUCAUCAGUAAACGUUAGACUUGGUGCUGGUGAACCCAAACCAGAUCUGAAAACUGUGAACUGCUGAUGAAGCUAGAAAACUCUGGAGUUUUGACGCAAUUAAGUCCUCUGUGUUACCAAAAAGACACGCAUAGAAGAACACAUGAUACUACUUUACGAUACUUUUAGGGGAAUACAAAUGAACUGGGGUACCUUCUACCGUCCGUCUGAAUGAUGGGAAUUGAUGUGGGUGGGUAUGCAUACAUAUAUGUCGCUUUGAUUACCUUACUAUACUUGGCAUACAUGCUGCCUGUGAAGACACAUGUUGAACCGUUAUUGUUACGUAACUUACAUGUGAAAUCUUUAACGGGACUCUUGUUUUAUACAUGAACAACUCUUGUUUUCAAUCUCUAUUGGGUGGUACCUUGCUUAUUUUCCAACCUUUAUAUUAUUUUUCUUUUUA